CGAGGCGGGUGGGCGAGAACUUUCGAAGCGUGAGUGGUCGGAGCCGGCGGUGCGGCUGGAAGGACCUGGCGCAGAGUAAAGCCCCUCCUGGAACUCGGGACCUGGAGCGAGUGCGGAACCCGCCGGGUCACAGGGAGCCCGUCCGCAGGAUCCCUCCGCUGAUCUUCCCUGAUGGAUCAUCUCUGUGAAGCAAAUGGCACUUUUGCCAUCAGGUUAUUGAAAAUGUUAGGUGAAGAGGAUAAGUCACGGAAUGUGUUCAUCUCUCCGCUGAGCAUCUCCUCUGCCCUGGCCAUGGUCUUCAUGGGGGCAAAAGGAAACACUGCCACCCAGAUGUCCCAGGCCCUUUUUUUAAACAAAGAUGGAGAUGUUCACCCAGGUUUCCAGUUGCUUCUCACUGAAGUUAACAAACCCGGAUCUCAGUACUUGCUUAGAACUGCCAACAGGCUCUUUGGAGAAGAAACAUGUAAUUUUCUUUCAGCUUUUAAGGAAUCUUGUCAGAAGUUCUAUCAUGCAGAGCUGGAGGAGCUGUCCUUCGCUAAAGACACAGAAGAAUCCAGAAAACACAUAAACAACUGGGUCGCAGAAAGGACUGAAGGGAAAAUUUCAGAGGUGCUGGGUGCUGGAACCAUUGACUCCCUGACUAAGCUGGUCCUUGUGAAUGCAAUCUAUUUCAAAGGAAAGUGGAAGGAGCAAUUUGACAAAAACUACACAAGAAGAAUGCCCUUUAAAAUCAACCAGGAUAAAAAGACAGUGCAGAUGAUGUUUAAGCAGGCUAAAUUUAGGAUACGGUAUGUGGACGAGGUGCACACCCAGGUCCUGGAGCUGCCCUACGUGGGGAAGGAGCUGAGCAUGGUCAUUUUGCUUCCGGAUGACGACACCGACCUCACCGUGGUGGAAAAGGAACUUACAUAUGAGAAGUUCAAAGCCUGGACAAAUCCAGAAGAGAUGACUACAAGUGAAGUUCAAGUUUUCCUCCCCCGGUUAAAGUUGGAGGAGAGUUAUGACUUGGAGUCUUUUCUUCGGCGUUUAGGAAUGUCUGAUGCUUUUGAGGAAGUCAAGGCUGACUUUUCUGGGAUGUCAACCGAGAAGAAUGUGUACAUCUCCAAGGUUGCACACAAGUGCUUUGCAGAGGUCAACGAGGAGGGCACAGAGGCAGCCGCGGCCAGCGCGGUGGUCAUGAACACCAGGAGCAUCAGCACAGAGUCACGGUUUUGUGCAGACCACCCUUUCCUCUUGUUCAUCAGGCACCACAAGACCAACAGCAUUCUCUUCUGCGGCAGGUUCUCAUCUCCAUGAAGAGGUGCUAUUGCCGCACGUGCACUCUUUCCCUCUGCCUGCUGUGCCUUCCUUUAAAUUCUAUGUGGCCAAAG